AUGAGGCCAGCUCGAGUGUCAUCAAGUUCAAGAUUCCUGAACCCAUUUGUCGUAGCUCUUGUCGUCAUUGGAGGGGUGGCAAUCCUGGCAAUGAUUGCAGGUCUACUUAUUCACUUUUUAGCUUUUGAUCGAAAAGCCUGCUUUUACCAUAGCAGCUUUCAAAUACUAAAUGUGCAAUAUAGUGAUGAGUUAAGUUCACCAGGUUCACAGGCAUUUAGAACUUUGAGUGAAAGAAUUGAGUCUAUGAUUACUAAUACAUUUCAAGACUCAAAUUUAAAAGGUCAGUUCAUCAGAGCUCAUGUUGUGAAACUGAGGCAAGAUGGCAGUGGUGUGAUAGCAGAUAUUGUCAUGAAAUUUCGAUUCAGCAGACGUAACAAUGGGGAAACAAUGAAAGGCAGAGUUCAAUCUAUUUUACAACAAAUGCUGAAUAACUCUGGAAACUUGGAAAUAAGCCCUCCAAGUGGGAUAACAGCAAUUACUGACCAGGAUACAGAAAAUAUUUUCACUCAAGAAUGUGGGGCCCGUCCAGACUUGUUAACAUUGUCUGAAGAAAGGAUCGUUGGAGGCAUUCUAGCAGAGGAGGGUGACUGGCCAUGGCAAGUCAGUCUACAGGUCAAUAAUGUUCACCACUGUGGAGGCAGCCUGAUCAGUAACACAUGGAUCCUGACAGCAGCUCAUUGCUUCAGAAGCUACCCUAAUCCUCAACAAUGGACUGCCACCUUUGGAAUUUCCACGAUAUUUCCUAGACUGAGAGCAAGAAUAAGGUCUAUUUUAGUCCACAACAAUUACAGACCUGCAACUCAUGAAAACGACAUUGCAGUUGUGCAACUUAGCACAGCUGUCACCUUUACCAAAAACAUCCACAGAGUUUGUCUCCCAGAGGCUACCCAGAAUAUUGUACCUGGUUCUACAGCUUAUGUAAUAGGAUGGGGCUCUCUAACCUAUGGAAGUAACACAGUCUCAGAUCUACGGCAAGGACAGGUCCAAAUAAUAAGCAACAAUACCUGCAACAGUGAAAAGGUGUAUGGUGGAGUCAUCACACCUGGAAUGCUAUGUGCUGGGUUCCUGGAAGGACAUGUGGAUGCCUGCCAGGGUGAUUCUGGUGGUCCACUGGUUAGUGAAGAUUCUAAAGGCACCUGGUUCCUUGUUGGUAUUGUAAGCUGGGGAGAUGAAUGUGCUCUUCCAAACAAGCCUGGUGUCUACACUCGAGUGACACACUAUAGAGACUGGAUCAGGUCCAAAACUGGUCUCUAG